AUGGACGCUCCCCCCAACCCGCGUAGUCGUUCCUUCCCUUUCUGGAUCAACAACGCGUCUCAACCACCAAGGGGUCGUACCUUCCCAGAACUGCGAGAGUGGCAGCAGACCGCACCUUCCACGCAUCGCUCCUUCCCACAAUCCAGCACAAUGGCUCACUCCAGUCGUCUUUUUGUUGAGCCCAACAUGUCUCCCUCCCCUUCCGUCCCUAAACAUCGACAUCAACACCAACCUGCCGUCAAGAUGCCGGCCCGCCUCCCCAAUCUCGACAAGCUCCUCGCCCUCCUGGAGAGUCAAGCCCGAGCCGAUCGGGCCUGGUCCCUGGCCUCCCUCCUCCGUCGCCCCCGCCUCCUCGCCCGCCGUCUCGCCCGCCGCUGCUCCCGCCUCUCCGGAGGCCCAUUCCCCCUCCCCUCCGGCCCGCCCCCGUCGCCGCCGACGGCUCUUUCGCCGUCUGAUCUCGUCGUCGCCCCCGUCUUCCUAGACGAUCGUGUCCGCCCCCGCCCCCUCCCCCUCGGCGUUUUUGUCUUUUGGUUUUUGGUUUUUUGGGCUUCGCCUCUACUUCGAUUCUCCCUCCGGGAGAUUAAUGAGUCGACGCCCAGCCAAAACCACCAAGACUUGAACCACACGGCAGACACCUCUCUCAUUUGUAGAGUCUUGAGCCCCCAGAAUGGUUCCAUCAGUUGUCCAAGCACGACGCCGAUGCUUUGCCUGUUUCCCUUGAACGAAUGUAUGCCGUUGGGACAGCUUAUUUCUACCGGAUCUGUCUUCUCUCUCCUACAAUGGCUUCGCCUCUACUUCCACCGUGGCACCCAGUUUCACCCCUCCUUUGAAGACCCCCGGCUUCGCCUCUACUUCGACGACGGCGCCCAGAUUCACCUCUACUCGGAGACCUGGCUUCGCCUCUACUUCGACUGUGGUACCCGCUUUCACCUCUUCAUAAACGGCCCCCGGCUCCGCCUCUACUUCGAGACUCGGCUUCACUUCUCCUUCAACAGCCCCCAGCUUCGCCUCUACUUCGAGGGGGUUGGCUUCGCCUCUACUUCGAGAUGGCUGGCUUCGCCUCUACUUCGAUGGCGCCCGGCGUGGCUCGCUCGGAACUCGCUCAACUCACAACAAGGAACAGAGGUCCUGCGUAUUUAUCUGUCCUGA